GCGUGGUGCUGCCCCUCCCGAUGACGUCACGGCGGGGUGGGGGUGGCUAGAGUGCGCCAGGUUCCAAGAUGGCGACGUCCACGGAGCUCAGCUUGGAGAUUCUACCUUCAGAUCCUUUGCUGUUGAUUUUGUCGUUUCUCGAUUUUAAAGAUUUAAUCAGCUGCAGUUAUGUCAGUCGAAGGCUACAGGAACUCUCGAAUCACAACCCGCUGUGGAAGAGGCAUUGUCAGAAAUACUGGCUGCUGUCUGAGUCAGAUAAAGCCCAGAGGAAUCAGAGCUGGAAGGACUUGUUCAGAGAGUUUUACUCUGAUUUAGGACGUUAUAUAGAGCACUAUGCAACCCUGAAACGAGCCUGGGAUGAUCUGAAGAGAUACCUGGACCAGGAAUGCCCCAGGAUGAUCGUCUCACUGAAAGAUGGUGUGAAAGAGGAUGAACUGAACGCUAUCGAAGCGCAGAUUGGCUGCAAACUCCCUCAUGAUUACCGCUGCUCGUUUCGAAUACACAACGGGCAGAAACUGGUCGUACCCGGGCUGAUGGGGAGCAUGGCCCUGUCCAAUCACUACCGCUCGGAGGACCUGCUGGACAUCGAGACGGCAGCAGGGGGGUUCCAGCAGAGGAAGGGGCUCCGGCAGUGCCUCCCCCUCACCUUCUGCUUCCACACCGGCCUGAGCCAGUACAUGGCGCUGGAGAGCGUGGAGGGACGCCACCGAUACGAGAUCUUCUACCACUGCCCGGACCAAAUGGCCCGUGACCCUUCUGCUAUUGACAUGUUUAUAACAGGGUCUUACUUCACUGAGUGGUUUACUUCGUACGUGCACAGUGUGGUAACCGGGGGCUAUCCAAUAAUCCGAGACCAGAUCUUCAGGUAUGUCCAUGACAAGGAGUGUGUGGCCACAACGGGGGAUAUCACAGUUUCAGUGUCUACCUCAUUCCUCCCUGAACUCAGCUCUGUGCACCCGCCUCACUUCUUCUUCACAUACAGAAUCAGAAUCGAGAUGUCGAAGGAUGCCUUGCCAGAGAAUGCAUGCCAGCUGGAUAGCAGAUACUGGAAAAUAACAAAUGCAAAUGGAAACGUGGAAGAGGUCCAGGGUCCAGGUGUUGUGGGCGAGUUUCCUGUGAUGCAGCCUGGGAAGGUGCAUGAGUAUGCCAGCUGCACCACCUUCUCUACCACCUCUGGGCACAUGGAAGGGCAUUACACCUUCCACCAGCUCAAGAACAAGGAGGUGGUGUUCAACAUCACCAUCCCUCGCUUCCACAUGGUCUGCCCUCCCUUCCGCAAGUCUGUGGUGCGGACGGGAUCAGCAAGUGACGUCUCCCACACCUCGUGGAACGACGAAGAGAACUCGACAGACACGGAUGAUUAUGAAGACGCAGAGCAGGGGGGGCUUGGUUUCCCUGCCCCCAGCGGUCACUGUCCACGGCGUAUCUGAUGCACUUUUAUACCACAGGACUUUGGGAGUGGGGGGUGGGAUCUUGAGACUACAGGGUGGCUGACAGAGUCUGUGAUGCAGCUUUAUACCUGCCUCUGUAACCUUUUCGUGUGUGUGUGAGUGUGUGUGUGUGUGUGUGUGUGAAAACUAGAUUCCUUCAAUACCUUUGGCCCAAUUUCCCACUAUGGGCAAAAUUCCCAUGUUAUUCGAUUAGUGUUGCCAUUAUUGUCACCAUUCACCAAGAUUGCAGAGUGUACAGUUUUGUUGUGGCUGGUAGGAAGAUACUGCAACAUUUAAUAGUUUAUUUAUACCUCCAGUUUGAAUGAUACAGGUAUGCCUGUGUUAUCACUGCUUUGUUCAAAAUGAAUAUAGCACAGCAUCUCUGUGAUCGCUAUGGAGUGUUCCCCCUUUAUAAGGCGUUCCUUUUAUACUGCGGUACUGGUUAUAAGGCAGCAUUGUCCUGUCUUCCAUUAGCAGUAGCACUCUUGUACUCAUUAUAAGGCGGAACACAGAUAGCACAAUCUUGUAACUGUGGCUCCCCAUGGUAGCGUUAUAAAGGGGAGCACUGUACUGCUUUUAAGACUUUACUGUGGAUUUAAAAGAAACAGUAAUUCUAAAAUUGCUCAUAAAGUUGUUUAACUUGAUCUAAGCUGUUGUGAAAGACGUGCAUUUCCUGGCACAGCCACAGUGGAAAUUAUAAAAUAUUUCUAUGUAAUUAGCGCUGUUUUUGAAAACGCUGUAGAUACUUGCUUCAAAUUAAAUGGGGAGGGGAAAUGAUGGAAGGAUUUGAGUCAAAUGCUCCGGCUCUUCUUUCAACCCUCAAAGCCCACAAGACUUUAGACAGAUCUUUUUUAAAUUGAAUUAAAAAUAAAAAUUCCUCAUAGAUAAUUAAUUAUAUACAAAAAGGUAUUGCAUUGAUUAACUUUUGCAUUCAACGCUGCUGGGAAAAUUCAAAUGACCAGGCGAAACACGCUUGAUGUAGGAAAGGAAGUCUAUGAAUUGAGCUGUUUAAUUUAGGGUUAAACGUAAACGUUUCCUUUCCAUACAGCGCUCUUGUAAUAUAGAUCGAAUAGUCCAGAAACAUUCCCCUUCGUGGAUGUACAUGAACAGUGGUGGUGUUCCUUUUAUCUGUACAAUCCAUCUGAGCAGACUUGAAAAUAUACAUAUUCUUUGGUAAUAGAGCCCACCAUCUUGGUUAGUGAUCUCUCUUUAGUAUUACUAUAGAAAGAAAACCUCCAGGUAAUCUCUAGUAUGGGAACUGGUGACCUUCUUAGAGGUAUGUGUGCUCAUAGCAACAUUCAGUAUGCAGUAAUAGAGAAUCUUUUUUUUUUUUUAAGUAGCAGUGUUGGAAAUACAUUUUUUCCAAUACAUGAUAUUUAAAAUAAAAAAACACUGCAGGGAAUUCCUUUUUCAUUUUAAAGCCUUUUUUUAUUACUCCUGUAAAUAUUUCAUUCGAAUGUUUCCUCCUGCCCCCACGUUUAUCAAAGUGAUAUUGGUGUCGCUUUGUAUAAAAACAACUAGCGCUAUCACUGUAAUGCAAUUAAUCUUUGAAUCGAGUGAUCAAGUGAUAUUCCCCAGUGUUGCCCAAUAAUAAAUAUCUACAAUUCCCCUUAAUGUUUAUUUAAUUUUUUUGCUAAGUGAUGCAUUUGUAUUUGAUUCAUGUUAUUGAAAUGAAUUGAUGUUUUCUAUGUAUUUCCCUGCAGAGUUUAAAUGGUGUGGUUGUGAAGUUUUCUUAGAAGGAAUACAGUGCCACACCUAAAGCUUUCACAUUAAGAGCUGUACAGCAGAGAGCAGUUGUUUCUUUAAAAUAUCUUACAAUAGGAACCAGGCGUAAACUAUUUUACCAGAAACACCUGCACACUACAAUCUUUAUUCUGGGUUUGUUAUUGUACGAUAAUUAAUCCUAAAAAGAGUAGUGGCUCAUAUUGUUAACCAGGCAGCAACAAUACAAUGCAUCUUGUUCCCCAGGUCUUGCACAGACUACUGACCGUGUGCGUUUGCUAUUGUACAGUGGGUUUGGAGGGAAUAAGGUGCUGUAUUUAAACAAAUCCAGAUGCACAUAGGUAUUGGAAAUGUUAUUCCAGACUCCAAGGGUUACUCCUGUGAUAGGACUAAUUAGUUUGAUCCAUUCCUGGUUUUACACCUGAGCUUGUAAUCUAUACACUGGAGCUAGUCAAGCUCGUAAUGGGUGAAACUGCUAUGCAAUAGGAGUCUUAUUUAGAUCCUUGUAGUUGAUUCUUGUGCAGUUUUUUGCAGACACACCAGGUCGUCCCUCUUUACUGUCUGUUUGCGUGUUGCUGAAACACUGGUGGAGCUUUCAGUGUUUGCAAAAUAAUAGCUGUGCUGGGAAUCAAAUCCCAAUUUCCCCUUAAAGAAUCCAGCUACUGUGUUUAAGAUUUGAGUCAGGAUUAUUAGAACGGUAGAGCAGUGUUCUGGGCGUGUCUGUGAUCCACCAUUAUACAAUCACUGUAAGGUUCUUAAGAGGCAGGAAUCCACAGCUCGGCACGUCUUGAUUGCUGGAUUUAUUGAUGGACUGGCGUCAUCAGGUUUUUUCCAGUAUCCAGCAAUUUCAGUUUGUAAAUAGAAAGUGCCAUACUGGCAUUAAUACCCUUUUCUUUAAAAAAAAAAAAAAUAUUAUAAGAUUUGGAUUUUAUUAUAAAAUAUUAUCUGUGCUUCGAGAGCCGUCUCACAAAACUGAAAAAUGAACUUUUGAUGAACUCGCACUGGGGAAAACUUCCAGUAAUUAUUAUUUAUAUCUGGAAAGAUAAAUUGCUUUUUUCAAAAUAAUAUUUUCACUUGUUGUAGCAUGACUGCUGUCAGUUACUCUUGUGAUCUCUGUAGCCUAAUGGAAGGGGAUACUCUGAUUUUUGAAUUGUUUUUAUAAAGCCUUUUCGUUUUCCUUUAUGUACAUUUGUGCAAUGGUGUUAGAGUGAAGUUUGAUUUAGGCAUUUUGUUCAUUAUCACUGUUUUAUAAAGUGUUCCUGUUUUGUUUUUCUAUGUUGGGGUGGGAAAUAAAUCCUCUUGACGUUUCAA